UUUGAAUUUACAAUUUAAUUAAUUUCUUUUCUUAAACUCUGUCUAUUACGUAUUUUAUUUGUUGAUUGUGAUCUUAUUGUGUUUUAUUAAUUAAGAUUUCGCCUGUUGAGAUUUUGGAGACUGCCGAGUUUCCAAAAUAGUGGAGAUGAGUGUGUCUGUUGUUUUGCAGUGAUAACUAGGUUCUUUAUACAUGAAUUCGCGGGGUUGGUCAUUAGGAUGCUGCCGACAGUGGAGGAGAGUCGCGGUUAUGAUUUCCAGGAUCCUGAAAAUGUGGACAAGUGGCAGGGUCUUUUCGUCAACUCACUGCGCAAGGUACUAGACCAAGUGCAUCCAACAUUAAAUGCUGAAGACAGUGCAUUGCAGUAUGUGGAGUCUUUGUGUUUACGGCUGCUCGCCAUGCUUUGUGCAGUGCCAUCCCCACUUACUGUACAGGAUGUGGAAGAACGAGUGGCGCGAACGUUCCCGACGCCACUCGACAAAUGGGCACUCGCAGACGCUAGGGACGCUGCAGUACAACGACGCCGCCGUGCUUUGUUGCCGCUCGACAAGUUGCACCAUAUGCUUCAAAAGGAGGUCCUUCUAUACAAGAUCGAUAUGUCAGUAUCAGUCUUCAUCACAGCAAUACUGGAGUAUGUCAGCUCGGAUAUACUGAAGUUGGCUGGGAACUUUGUGAAGAAGAUUUCUCAGAAGUCUGGCUAUGAGACUAUUACACUCUCUGAUAUAAAGACAGCCAUGUGCGCUGAUAAGGUACUCAUGGAUAUGUUUUACCAAGAGUCAGAGAUGGCCUCCGAGGCUGGUAGCAGUACAGCGGAACAGCGAGGUCGGCGAGGUUCCUUGACUUAUGCAGAACUGGUUAGGGAUCUGUUAACCGAUGAGAAACACUUCCUCAGAGAAUUGCAUCUUAUUAUCAGAGUGUUUAAAGAUGAGCUGGAGAAGAUACUGGAUAAGGAUAGUCGGUCAAUUUCAUUAAUAUUCGGCAACAUAGUGGACAUCUAUGAGUUAACCACCACGCUGCUGGGGAACCUCGAAGACGCGAUGGAGAUGUCUCAGGACUCACCCACUCCCUACAUUGGCAGCUGCUUCGAAGAGCUAGCGGAGGUUGAAGAGUUUCGUGCAUACGUCCGUUAUGCGAACAUCGUAACACAGAAGGAGUCCCGUGAUGAGUUGCAGCGGAUUGUUGAUGAUCCACUUCUGUCUGAGAAACUGGAUACCGCGGGUCAUGGAUUUCGAUUGGCAGUGAAAUAUUACUUGCCUAAACUGCUCCUUGCGCCUAUCGCACACGUCUUCCUUUAUCACAACUACGUACUCGAGCUUCUACCUAUAGCACCUGCCACUGAAGAUAGAGAGAGCUUUAAGCAGGUCGAAUGCAAUUUACAUCCAAUCAAGAAAUUAUUAAUUAAAGCAUUGGGAAAUGGCCCUAAAAUGGACGCGACGCUGCGGAUGGCGUCUCGGUCACGACGGCAGCUGGCCAUAGAGAAGUGCAACGAACUGGCGCGCCUCGUCGACAACUGGGACAACCGUGACAUUGGACAGUGUUGCAACGAGUUCAUUCGAGAGGACACAUUAUCAAAGAUUGGUCCGGGUCGCCGGAUAGCAGAGCGACGGGCAUACUUGUUCGACGGUCUCUUAUUACUGUGCAAGCCAAUUACUAGUUUGGUGGGCAGCGCGGGUGGAGCGCUAGCGGCAGGCGCCACUGCACAGCUUAAACUCAAGGAGAAACUUCACGUACGGAAAAUGGAACUCGUUGACCGCAACGACGCCGACGAGGGUCGUCACCUGGUGGAACUAAAUCCACGCGUGGGCGGUGCAGUGCUACUGGCUUGCGCCUCCUGCGCUGAGAAACGGCACUGGAUGUGCGACCUUGUCAUGCUCAACACAAAGCCGAUGCUCGAUCGCACACUAGACAGCAUCCUGUUGGAUUUGGAGCGACGUCAUCCGCUCAGGCUACCGCCAGUGUCACUGUAUCGGUUUGCAGUACCAGACUCGCCCCAAAACAUCGUCUUAGAAGAGCCCCCACGACAUCAGGCGGAUAACGCGCCACCGCCUCUUAUUAAGGGUGCUACACUCUUAAAACUGGUGGAGCGUCUCACGUACCACAUCUAUGCGGAUUUAAAGUUGGUCCGCACGUUCCUCACCACAUACCGCUCGUUCUGCUCGCCCGGGGAACUUCUCGAUUUGCUGGUUGAGAGGUUCAACAUACCAGAGCCGAGUGAGGUUUACGACGCACCCAGACCUGACGGAAUAGAAUGUGUAGGCAGUAGUGAUGCAGAGAAGCUCAGUAAGAACACAGCGAGAGAAGACUGGAAAAGGUAUAGGAAGAAAUUUCAACAACCCGUUAAAUUUCGAGUAAUCAAUGUACUAAGGCAUUGGGUGGAUCAACAUUUCUAUGAUUUCGAACGUGAACCGACGCUCUUGGAACGCCUGCGUGAGUUCCUCGAGUCAGUGGAUGGGAAACCGAUGAGGAAGUGGGUCCAGAGCGUACUGAAGACUCUCCAGAGGAAGAGCGGGCAGGGCGCGGAGCCGGAGGGCGGCGGGUGCGGCGGGUGCGGCGGCGGCGGGGGCGGGGGCGGCGUGUCGCACGUGUUCAACCGCGCGCCGCCCGCCCUCGUGCGCCACGUGGCCGACCCCGACCGCCACGUCUGGCACCCGCUCGCGCUGCACCCGCUCGAGCUCGCGCGACAGCUCACGCUGCUCGAGUUUCAACUCUAUCGACAGGUGCGCCCUUCGGAGUUGGUGGGUGCGGUGUGGACCAAGAAAGAUAAAGAAAGAUCUAGCCCCAAUUUACUUAGGAUAAUUAAACACACCACAAACUUUACACGGUGGAUGGAGAAAUGGAUAGUGGAGAGUGAGAAUUUGGAGGAGCGCGUAGGAGUGGUGUGCCGGCUGUUGGAGGUGGCGGUAGCAUUGAGGGACCUCAACAACUUCAACGGAGUGCUCGCCGUGGUGGCAGCCUGCGGCAGCGCCAGCGUACACAGACUGAAGGCCACCUUCCAGUUGGUACCCAUCCGGCUCAUCCGCGCCCUGGACGAGUUUCGGGAACUGAACUCUGACCAUUUUCGGCGAUACCAGGAGCGGCUACGCUCGAUAAACCCACCUUGCGUGCCAUUCUUCGGAAUGUACCUGACCAAUAUAUUGCACAUCGAAGAGGGUAAUCUUGAUUACUUACCCAAUUCUGAGUUGAUCAACUUCUCCAAACGUCGGAAAGUUGCGGAGAUUACCGGCGAGAUUCAGCAAUAUCAAAAUCAACCGUACUGUCUCACAGUCGAGUCUAAGACAAGGGCAUUUCUGGAAUCGCUCGAUCCGUUUCCGGGCAUGGAUGAUAAUGAGAUCACAAAUUAUCUUUAUGCAAAGAGUCUGGAAAUCGAGCCCCGGCAGCCAGUCAAACAGAUGCCCAAGUUUCCCCGAAAGUAUCCUGAUCUGUCCUUGAAGCAAGUGAAGGUCUCCCGCAGAGCGCAUCAUGAUUCUGGUGCCGCUCCCUCCGUGGAUGAUAAUAUCAGUGUGUCCCAGUUGUCACCGACUGGUGGCUCGUGGGAGAGCGGAAGCAUGUCAGGUGUUGCGUCCGCCCCCACGGCCUCCUCAGGUCCCAUUUCAUCUUCUGGAGGGUCUUCACUGCAACUACACCAUAAUGACGACCACAGAAGUAGCCGCAGUAGUCAAGAGGGCGUGGUGAGCCCGCGACCUGAGCGCGCAUUCUCGCAGUUGCCACCGCUGAGUCUACUCGACAAGGGACUCGCGCUAUUCGAUUCGCGCAAGCAGACAUCUUCCUCACACAACAAGAGUUCGAGUCGGGACGAGCCUCCCUCACCGCGGGAUCGUCAUUCCCCACGCCAUGACAGACAAAGCUCGGGCGGCGGGGCGGGGCCUAUGGGCCCGGCGGGCGCGGCGGGUGCGGCGGGUGCGGCGGGGGCGGCGGGGGCGGAGCUGGUGCCGCCGCUGUUGCCGCGCGGGGCGGGCGCGUCCGCGGGGGGUGCGGCGGGCGCGGGCGGGGCGGGGGGCGCGGGCCCGGCGGCCCCUCCCCCGCGGGCCGACCCCGACCGACCACCCCUACUUCCGCCGCGGCCGUGUUCCCCGCACUUAAUAUCGUCCAGUUGUGAAUUGCCUCCCGAGCCGCCCGAUCGACCCUUACCGAGCCCCAAACAUCACGACCUUUUCAGAAUGCCAGCGAUGUCUCCAAAGCGAUCGCCGGCUCCGCAGCCCCCCGUCAGCCCCAUCGUACCGGCGGACAGAACGCUGGCGUUCAGUUUCCCGUCGCGGGCCGCGCCCACCCCCUCCCCGCCCGCGCCGCCCCUCACGCCGCACCACCCAAUAUCAUGCGGUACUCCCCCGCCUCUGCCACCGCGACGACGACGCGACUCGGCCGCCCCGCCUACGCCCGUGCAUUUAUCGUCAACGGCGAAUACAAGUGGCGGUGCGGGCGUGUCCCCGUGCGGGAGCUCGGGCGCGGCGCCGGGCAGCGGGGGCGGCGCGGGGGGCGCGGGGGCAGCCGGGGCCGGGGCCGGGGCGCCGCCCCCGCUGCCCCCGCGCCCGCCGCCCGCGCCCGAGCUGCUGCGUCCCGCGCACUCCACCAUCCUCCAGCGGCGGCAUCACAACAACACGAACAUAGCGCCCCGGCUGCCUCCCAAGCCGCCGGCCGCGUGCGUGGCGCCGCGCACCUAGCGGCGGGCGGCGGGUGUG